AUGCCACCCACAUUGCCAGAGAAAACCGAUUACACACGAUGGCGACUAUUAAACGAAGACGGCCGACACACAUGGCACUACCUGGAAGACGACGAGUCCGCGCGAAAAUGGCCCCAGACGUUAGCCGAUAAAUACUAUCUCGGUUUACCACUGGACCUUCCCAAUCUUCCACCCUCAACAUCCCCCUUGGAGACAGUCCACAAUGUACGGCGGUCCCAUGUUCCUACUACCCUGCGUCGUCUUCGCGUGGACCGCAACCGCAACCCCGAUCCCCUGGUCUUACGCAACGGAGAUCAAAAUUAUCUCUUUGCGCGAGCUGACCCAGUCGACGGAGGCUGGGGUCUGCACACCGAAGGCGAAAGCACCGUGUUCGGCACGAGCCUCAACUACACCAUCCUCCGCCUGCUCGGCGUCCCUGCCGACCACGAGGUGAUGAUUAAAGCCCGCACCCUGCUGCACAAGCACGGCGGCGCCGUGUACGCGCCCCACUGGGCCAAGUUCUGGUUGGCGCUACUCGGCAUCGCGGACUGGGACAUUGUGAACCCCAUCCCGCCUGAAACGUGGCUCUUGCCGGACUGGGUUCCUGUCGCACCGUGGCGGUGGUGGAUACACAUGCGGCAAGUGUUCCUGCCGAUGUCGUUUAUUUGGUCGAGACGGUGGACGAUGCCUGAGACGGAGGUGAUUCGGUCGUUGCGGAACGAGUUGUUUACUCAGGAUUGGGAGAGCAUCGACUGGAGAGGGAAUCGAAACUCCAUUGCCGAGAUUGACAACCAUCAUCCGAAGACAUGGGUGCUCGGCUCUGUGAACUGGUGGCUGAGCGAGGUGUGGAUGCCGUUCUUGAGGCCGCGGUUCGUGGCUACCUGGGCUGAGGACUGGGUGAGCAAGCUGGUGGAUAUGGAGGAUGAGAACUCCGACUAUGCUGAUUUGGCAUCUGUGAACGGGCCAUUGAAUAUGGUGGUUUGUUUCAUCAGGGAUGGAGGUGAUGCAUAUUCCGUCAGAAGACACCGGGAGCGGCUGGAGGAUUUUCUAUGGGUUAAUAAGGAGGGCAUGCUAGUGAAUGGGACGAAUGGGGUGCAGUGCUGGGAUACGGCAUUUCUGGUGCAAGCAGUUCAUGCCGCUGGUUUGGCGGAGAGUGAGGAGUGGAGGCCUAUGUUGGUGCGGGCGUUGGAGUUCCUAGAUCACCAGCAGAUCAGGGAGAAUUGUAAGGAUCAGGAGGUGUGUUAUCGUCAUCCGCGGAAGGGGGCUUGGGGGUUCAGUAAUAAGGACCAAGGGUAUGCUGUGUGCGAUUGUAUCUCGGAGGCCCUGAAGUCCGUGAUUCUGCUCCAGAAGACCCCGGGAUACCCGCAGCUGCUUGAUGAUCGGAGGAUAUUUGAUGCCGUUGACACAUUGCUCACUUAUCAGAAUCCCUCUGGCGGAUGCUCAUCUUAUGAACAAACUAGAGGUGGGGAGUAUAUGGAGAUGUUCAAUGCUGCGGAGGUGUUUGGACGGAUCAUGGUUGAAUAUGAUUACCCUGAGUGUACGACUGCCGUGGUCACAGCAUUGACAUUGUUUAAGAAACACUGGCCAGAGUACCGAUCGAAGGAAAUCGAGGUCUUCAUCCAGCGUGCGCUAGGGUAUAUCAAGAAAGCCCAGUUCCCUGACGGCAGUUGGUACGGAAGCUGGGCUGUUUGCUUCACGUACGGCACUUUGUUCGCUUUGGAAAGUCUGGCAUCAGUGGGAGAAACAUAUCAAAAUAGCGAGUACGUCAGGAAGGCAUGCCACUUUCUCCUAUCUAAGCAGAGAGAGGACGGUGGAUGGUCUGAAAGCUGCGAGGGCUGUCGACAGAUCAAGUACAUCGAGCAUCCAAGCGGCUCUCAAGUUGUGCAAACGGCAUAUGCGGUCAUCGGCUUGCUCUCGGCUGAGUAUCCGGACAUCAAACCUAUUGAGAAAGCUAUUCGAUUGAUAAUGGCGAGACAACAGCCCAAUGGCGAGUGGCUACAGGAAGCCAUUGAGGGUAUGUUCAAUAAGACAUGUGCCAUCUCCUAUCCUAAUUAUAAGUUCACGUUCACGAUGCUGGCGUUGGGGAAGUUCGCUCGGACGUAUCCUGACUACAGACUUACUUGA